AUAAAGGGUUCAGUUGUUAAAAAAAAGUUGUCCUAAUAAAUUUUAAUAAAAUAUUUAAAAAGAUGCAUUUCAAUACUGGGCAAUUAACGGGUAAUUUUGUACCUGAAAAUGAUAGUAGCAAUAGCAGCGAUAUGAGUAGUGAUAGUGAUAUGUUAAGUGACAGUAGUUCGGAUUCGGAUACAGAUAUAGAAUCUAACGAAGGAUCUUCCAAUGCUAAUAUAAAUCAAGAUUCAGUAGCUCCAGGUAGCAGCAGAGAAGGCUUAACAUUAAAUGAAGAAGAAGAAGAAGAUGAGACUAUAAAAGCAAUACUUAGAAACACAAAAUUGAACAGAUCUCAUCCUCCGACAAUUGCAUUAGACGAUUUUGUAGUAGAUAUAUGUUUUCAUCCUCAAAAUGAUAUGAUCGCUGUGGCUAAUAUUUUAGGAGAUAUUGCGUUAUAUAAAUAUACUAACGAAACAACAGAACUUGUAUCAUCCAUAGAAUCACAUCUGAAAGCUUGCAGAGAUAUCGAGUUUGAUCAUGAUGGUAAAAUUCUAUAUUCUACUGCUAAAGAUUUAUCCAUAAUGAUGACCGAUGUGGAAACAGAAAAAUUAGUAAGAUUCUAUGAAAAUGCUCAUGAACAACCUGUAUAUACGAUGACCAUUUUAGGAGAGCACACAUUUGCAACAGGAGACGAUGAUGGCGUAGUUAAAAUGUGGGAUAUCAGACAAAAUGGAAAUACUCCUGUAUUUUCGAUAAAACAAAUGGAAGACUAUGUUAGUGCUAUGAUUACGAAUAAGGACAACAAAUAUUUAGUAUGUGCUAGCGGAGAUGGUUCACUCACAACGUUUAAUAUGCCUGCAAAAAAACUACAUAUUCAGUCUGAAGAAUACGAAGAAGAAUUAUUAUGCCUUGGUUUAUUUAAAUAUGAGACAAAGGUUUUAACCGCUACUAUCAAAGGAAAAAUGUAUGUAUUCAAUUGGGGAGAAUUUGGUCUUCAUUCGGAUGAAUUUCCUAGCUUAACCAAAAAAGCUUUAAAUUGUAUGAUACCAAUUACCGAGAAUAUUGCAAUAACUGGUGGUGAAGAUGGAAUGCUUAGAGCUACAAGUUUAUUUCCGCAUCAGCAUCUCGGUGUGGUAGGCCAGCAUAAUUUUCCAAUAGAAGCUCUCGAUGUUAAUAAAGAUGGUACAUUGAUAGCAUCCUCAUCUCAUGACAACACCAUCAAAUUUUGGAACGUAGAGUAUUUGGAAUCAUUAAGUAUCUAUGAAGGCAUAAAGGGUGAUAAACUAAAACGAAUUAAACAUAAUUUACCAAGUAGUAAGGUUGACAAUGCGUCAGAUUUUUUCGCAGACCUUUGAUAAAUAUUUUUAUUAUCAUUAUUAUUAUUAAUAUUUUUGUCGUUGCAGUUAUUUCUUUUCAUACAUAAGCAUAUAAUUUUGUUAUAUGCAUUUAAAAUAAACGUAUACCAAAUGUAUCUGAAUAUCUCUUCAAUAUUUUGAAGAAUUUGAAUACAUUAUAUUAUUUUUAAACUUGUAUUAUAAAUAAAAAUAAAUUUAAACACUAAUAAAACUUAUUUU